UUGGCGAUGAAUACGUUAGCGAGUGUCCGCCCAGUGCAGUUUGCAUCAUGCGCUGCAUUUUUGUGCUUAACCAGGACCCUGACUGCAGCCAGGAUUGUGUAAAUGCAGCGUCUGAGCUCUGGCGGCUACAAGACGGAAGUGCCUGACAUUACGUUGGUACUUUCUACUCCAAUAGGAAUGUAACAAUUACGAUCCUCUAAUUUGCAUAACGCCGUUAUAAAUAGGGGGGGCAGGCGCCAUUUUCGAUGUUGUUGUGCUACAGGGAAGAUCCUGAAAGAAAACAUUAAGGAUGCCUGAGCCGGCGAAAUCUGCUCCAGCACCGAAGAAGGGCUCCAAGAAGGCCGUGACCAAGACGCAGAAGAAGGGCGACAAGAAGCGCAAGAGGGCAAGGAAAGAGAGCUACUCCAUCUACGUGUACAAGGUGCUGAAGCAGGUGCACCCUGACACGGGCAUCUCGUCCAAGGCCAUGAGCAUCAUGAACUCCUUCGUCAACGACAUCUUCGAGCGCAUCGCGGGCGAGGCCUCGCGCCUGGCGCACUACAACAAGCGCUCCACCAUCACCUCGCGGGAGAUCCAGACGGCCGUGCGCCUGCUGCUGCCCGGCGAGCUGGCCAAACACGCCGUGUCGGAGGGCACCAAGGCUGUCACCAAGUACACCAGCUCCAAGUAAAAGGAUAGAAAAUUGUAAAUCAAACGGCUCUUUUAAGAGCCACCACACGGUCCUAAUAAGAGCUGUAAUUACA